AUGGCAGGAACCGGACCUCUGACGCAGGACUGGGAACCGGUGGUGAUCCGGAAGAAGCCUCUCAACGCCGCCGCCAAGAAGGACGAGAAAGCCGUCAACGCCGCCCGUCGCAUGGGCGCCGAGAUCGAGACUGUCAAGAAGUCAAGUGCAGGGACAAACAGAGCUGCCUCUAGCAGCACUUCUUUGAACACAAGGAAGCUUGAUGAAGAAACAGAGAAUCUUACUCAUGAACGUGUACCAACCGAACUGAAGAAAAGCAUCAUGCAAGCUCGACUGGAUAAGAAACUCACCCAGGCUCAACUAGCUCAAAUGAUUAAUGAGAAGCCCCAAGUGAUACAAGAGUAUGAGUCAGGAAAAGCCAUUCCAAAUCAACAGAUAAUCACCAAACUGGAAAGGGCUCUUGGUGUGAAGCUGCGAGGAAAGAAGUGAAAGACAAUGCCUCUAGUAAACACCCUGAAGAAAAUUUGUUUGCAUUACUACUGUAUCUUGUGGAGUCCUAAAACUUGAGCAACUUCCGAGUUUUGUUGUUCUGGUGUACAUGAGUUUUUGUGUUUGGGUCUUCUUCUGCAAAAAGGAGUGGAAUGAAUCUGAUGAAAAAUGACUGAUUGGGUUUGGGAGAUCAUCUUGGUUAUAUAUAGAUUAAGAUAAACACUAAACACAAAGGUGUGACACAGUGAUCUGCUCUGCAAGUUUGCACUGGUCUAUUGAUGGUUUCUCUUGCUGUAUGAAUCUAUUCUUGAUGAGUUUGGUUGAGAGAA